UGGCCUAAUCACAUCAACAUUCCCAUCUCUAUAACAACCUUUAUUCAGAAACUCUCCACUUUCAAUCUGAAACAAAUAGAAAAGUAUGGACCAAGUUAAAUCCCACAUGGUUCAGAGCAUAAAAGCUCAUAACUUUCUAAUUAAGCUUACCCCGUUGUUAGUUUCAGUAUCAUUGUUUCCUUUCCUCUUUUCUCCUUCUUCUUUCAUGUGUUUCCUCCAUCAAUUUAGCUUCUACUUCUCUUCAUUUCCUCUCCAACUAUUCACACACACCAUAGACAAGAACUGCAUGUUUCUUCUAUGCAAUGGCCUCCUUGUGUUUGUUGGAAUAACCAGGUCUUUAUCUGGUUCAAGUGGUAGUGAUGAAUCUUCUAAGUACUUUGAAGGUGGUUUACAAACACCAUACUCAGAUGUUGAAACUAAUCAGCCAAUGUUGCUGGAGAAAACCAAUGAUCAAGAUCAACAACAGAAUACUGAAGGAGAGCAUGCAGUGGAAAUCAGGUACUGUGGUGAAGAAGUAGAAGAAAACAUUGAAGAGAUGAUUUUGGAAGAAGGGGAAGGAAGGGAACAAUAUUCAGUUUUGAAAGAAGAGGAGGAGCCAGGUGAAGAAAUUGAGCUACUUGGAGCAGGGGAUGAAGAGGAAGAUAAGGAAUCAGAAAUUGAUGAGUUUCUGAUUGGAGAGAUUUUGGAAGAGGAAGAAGCUGUAGAAGAAACAAAUUUGGCGCUAAGCACUGAGGAAUUGAACAAAAAAUUUGAUGAUUUCAUUAGAAGAAUGAAGGAAGAUUUGAGGAUUGAAGCUCAACGACAUUUAGUCAUGGUUUAAUUUUUACUAGUCACAAUCAUGAUCUUCAUUUCUAGCUCUAGUUGUUAGUUUGCCUAGUCUACUACUCUAGUAUAUAUUUUAGUCCUAUUCCUUGCAAUUUAGACGAUUCAGAUGCUCACAACUGUGGAGUGCACCUUAAAGGGUAAAAGUAUAGAGUUGUAGUUGUUCGGAGAAACAUAUUAAGAUUUUAUGGAGUACAAAAGAGUUGAGCAUCUAUAUACUUCAUGUUUGUUCAA